AUGUCCCACGGGCCGAGAAGGGGACGGGAGGAGGAGGAAGAGGGAGCGGCGAGGGGCAGCCGGGCGCGGCACGGGAGCUCCCACGAGUCCACGGGCGGAGGCGGCAGGAGCCAGGGCCGGCACGAGAGGAAGAGGAAGAAGCAGGAGGCGCAGCAGCUGCAGAAGCUCCAGCACCUGGAGUCCUUCUAUGAGAAACCUCCCCCAGGGCUAAUUAAGGAAGAGGAAACAAAACCAGAAGACUGCAUACCUGAUGUACCAGGCAAUGAAAGUGCACGAGAAUUUCUGGCACAUGCCCCAACAAAAGGGCUUUGGAUGCCUUUGGGAAAAGAAGUCAAAGUUAUGCAGUGUUGGAGGUGUAAACGCUAUGGACACAGAACAGGGGAUAAAGAAUGCCCAUUCUUUAUUAAAGGCAAUCAGAAACUGGAACAAUUUAGAGUAGCACAUGAAGAUCCAAUGUAUGACAUAAUAAGGGAAACGAAACGUCAUGAAAAAGAAAUGAGGAUACAGCAGCUGAAGCAGCUCCUUGAGGAUUCCACCUCAGAUGACGAUAGCAGUGAUGACAGUGAUGACGAUGAUGAUGAAGAUAGCAGCAGCUCCACUUCCUCGGAUAAACACAAGAAAAAAAAGAGAAAGAAGGAAAAGAAAAAAAAAGAAAAGAAGAAGAAGAAGAAGAGAAAGCAUAAAUAAUCUAAAUCUAAUGAGAAUGACUGAUAGCAGUCACCUACUGUAUGCUCAUUGACCUCCCCCCUUCCCUGCCCCCACUUUUGAACUGCCUAGAAAGACCCAAAGAAUUAGGAAGAAACUAGCAAAAGGGGCUUUUUAAAACUACAGCUGGAUACAUGUAGCAUCCUUCACUGGCUCUUUUUUCUACCCCUCUGCAGUGCUGCAGCCAGAAAAAGGAGAGCUGUGCUGAAUGAAACACAAUCAUACAUAUCUUUUAACCAUGAAACUUGUGCAAAGCAUCAUCCAACUUGGGCAAAUUGUUAGGUGGCUGCCAGCAGAAAGCCAUCACUACCGUGGUGGAAGAACUCAGCAGACUGUCUGCUGAAGCAUGUUUUCACCACACAGUCAUUUAAUUUUAUACAAAGCCUCAUUGCAAAGGGGCUGCAGUUUGCACUGGCAGUUCACUUACAGUGAGGUACUGUGUUUUUUUUCUGCAUACUGCCUGUGUUUUGAAGUCCACUGUACUUAACUUGCAGCUGGGGAAAUAACACUGCUGAAGGGGGGGAAAAUGUAAAUCAAGGGAAUUGGAGACAGAACGAGAGUGAGUUUUUUGUUAGCAAAAACUCAAUGUGAUUGCAGUAGACACAGUUCUAUAAUAUCUAGAACAUUCCCUAACCUGUAAGACUGAGCCAGCUGUGAUGAUGCUAGAUGCCAGUUUCACUGGUAGGGGUUGUUUUUGAUUAUUUAAAAAAGGGAGUGGUGGUUCAUGUUGGAAAUGAGAAAAAUGCAUUUCUACAUAUACUUCAGUAUCAGUUGUUUUGAUACAUUUGAUUUUUUUUUUUUCCUUUUAAAAAGGCUUGAGGAAGUGAAUUCCAACUUAUGUUGUAUGUUUACUAGAACUAUUUCAUGUAGUAAUAGUAUAUGAAUCAUCCCACAAGAAUAUAAACAUCUAAAGAAGUUUCCAAACGUGCUUGUAAGCUACAGAACAGUAGCAAAGAAGUGUAAGCAGGAAUGAUGUUAUACACUGACUACAAGUUCUUUCUUUUAAAUAAUGUUCCAAGAUAAACUUGACUGGAACAGCUGAGAUUGUGAUAAGUUGUUAGAGUAAAUUCUCUCUUUUUGAAAGAGAUAAAUGUACAGCAGUACAAAGCCCUGAUUUGAAGGCCUAAAUAUUCAUGGGUGCUCUGCAAAAGAAAAAAUAGAGUUGCUCUGAAGGGAGUAGGUAAUACCUGAUCUCAUGCAGAACUUAGUCUCUGUAUUUAUGCUUAUAUUAAAGUACAAUGAACAUCAGUAACCAGUGCCUGCAAAAUCAAGACAUCAUACACUCAAGUGCACUUAA